UCAAAACGAAUUCGACCCACUAUGCUGUAAAGAGCUCGAUUGUGCAAUUUGUGAGACCAGAAAAUGUGAGACCAGAAAAAUCAACCAAAUCGAAUAUAAAAUUAUUUUAUAUUCAUAAAAGGGAAAUAUAUGCUCAAUAAAACACUAUUUAUGGGAAUAUUGAAAAAAAGUCUCGGAAAAAUAAUAGCUGAAGGAAGCGUAAAAAUGCAAUUUAUAUGACUUACUUACUCCGAUGAGCCUCUAAAUCCCCUUUGAAAUAAUCUUUUUGGGCAUCACAAACUCAUUUUGAACUCAGACGAUUCGCGUCUUUACCUGACACAUGAGUGUUUUUGCCCCGGCAAAAGCCACACUGGGUCAAAUAGCACAGCAACAGUUGCUUGGCACGCUCACACACUGUGACGACAGUGGCGGAGUAGACAGCGGCGCUACCAACAGCAUCACGGGUAUUGCAUUUGGGAAAAUAUAAAAUAGCGACAAGGGACACGGGAGCAGAAGAAAAAUAUUUAUACACACUUAAGAGACUAGAUAAAUGAAAACGCCGCAAGGACGGUGAGGACGUCAAGUAGUGCAGCUACCUUUGGUGACUACAUAGUAACACCAGCAGCUGUUCUAACAUUAGUCCCAGCCGAAGUCUUGAGAACAGAUUCUGCUGAACUAGCGGAAUCUAUAGUUGCGCAAGUAGUAUCGCACACUGUGUUGAUAAGCAAACAGCAUACUGAGCUGAAACAGCAACAGCGGUGGUAGCUAACGAUAGUGUCAUUGCAAGGACCGACGCCAAAAGUAUCCUCGAUUGGAAAGGCCUUGCUACCGUAUACACUCAAAAUACCGCCGGUGGCGCCCACUUUGGCAGCUGCUCUGCACGCGCAAAUGACGACGGCAGUACAGCAACAGCAACAACAACAAUUACAACAUCAAUUGCAUCAGCAACAUUCAGUGUAUACCUAUCCAUACCAUCAUCAUUCCCAUCAACACUCGCAUCUACUGUCUCACCUGCAACACCAGGACGUGUUUCCGUUUCAAAACGAACUUCAACAGCAGCAAGAGAGCGAGCAACAGCGCCAGCUACGGCGCUCGCAACCUUUCAAAAUGAAUGCGGAGUUUUGGCAACAACCGCGCGGAUCAUUCGAUCUACAUGCAGCAGCGGCGCUCGCUACGAAUCAGUUGCAUCAUCAACAUCAUCAACACCACCAACAACAGCAGCCGUCUCACUCACCAUUGCCGCAACACCUGUCGCAAUCGUUACAAAUAAAUCAUAACCAACAACCAACCCACUUGACUGGCUUAGCUGCCACGCAUCAAGAGCAACAGCAGCAGCAACCGGCAACAUCAAUACUACCGCUAUCAUCGCAAGAACAGCACCAGCAAAACCAUCAUCUUCUAUUCAAUGCCGCAGCUGCAGCAGCUGCGGCAGUACAUCUGAGUGGCGUGGUAAAGUCCAACGAACUGCAAAACGCCGCCAACAAUAUCACCGCGACAGAAGAUGCCGUAACUGUUGGAAACAUUUGUGGCAGUGGCAAUGGCGGAAACGGUGAUGGUGAUCAAAGUGAGCACAGUGCGCCGACAAGUACUGGACGACUUGGUAUUAGCGUCAAACAAGAAGUGCAAGCAUCAGCUGCUGCAGCGAACAAUCAAAAUCCACAGCAACAACUGCUGCCAAAGUUCCAGCCAAACGUACCCAAUGCCUUCGAUGUGUUGCACCUGCAGCUGCAGCAGCAAUUACAACAACAGCAACAUGAGUCGGCAUCAGGUGAAGAUGGGGUCGAGGAAACUGAUGAAUUUAACAAUCAGCUGAAAAGGCACCAAGUGAGUGAGUUGAGCGGCAUCACUCAUACUAGCCAACAACCGCAUCAUGUGCCUCCCCAUCAUCCCCAAGCACAGCCGCAUCACAAUACACAUCCGCACCAUCAUCAGCAGCCACCAACAUCGUCACACUCUCAACAUUUACAACCAUCAAAUGGGCAAAAACAGCAGCAUGACUUGGGUGGUGCUGGGCCAAGCAGUCCGUUGCGCAUAAACAGCAUUGGUGAUAAUGUGCUGGCACCACUUCUUUCGCCGCAACAAUCACUGACGCCGUCUGGUGACAGUUCAGCACCCGACACCAAGUACAAUAGCGAGAAGCUGGUCAAUGAGAUCCAGCUGCAAUUAUCCCGCUCUACAAGCGCAGCCGCCAUCAGUGAACGCACCUUAGAAGAAUGUUGGUCGACCCUUCAACGUCUUUUUAUGCACAAAAGCGCAAUGCAACAGAUACAGCAGAUACCUCGCGUCGGCCCCGGUGCUCCUGGUAGUAUGGGCGCCGAAUGUAAACCGCAUCAAUGUCAGCAAUGCAUGAAGAGUUUCUCCAGCAAUCAUCAAUUGGUGCAGCAUAUCCGCGUACACACCGGCGAAAAACCGUACAAAUGCUCAUAUUGUGAUCGUAGAUUUAAGCAGCUUUCCCACGUGCAACAGCACACCCGCUUACAUACUGGUGAACGUCCGUAUAAAUGCCAUUUGCCGGAUUGCGGACGGGCAUUCAUUCAAUUAUCGAAUCUACAGCAACACUUACGAAAUCACGACGCCCAAGUGGAGCGGGCCAAAAAUCGUCCUUUUCAUUGCAAUAUUUGCGGCAAAGGCUUCGCCACCGAGUCCAGUUUACGCACGCACACAUCAAAGCAUGCGGCAUUGAUUGGCGGCCCCAACGCUACUUCCUGCCACGUAUGCCACAAGCUAUUUUUGGGAGCCGAUGCUUUAAUGGAGCAUAUGAAGCAUGCACAUAAAGAGAAGCUCACACCAAACGUUAGCAGUCCCUACAUUGAUAACUCUGGUUCUAGCUGCAUACAAUCGUCAUCUAACGACCAAUAUUUGGCCAAACGCCGCACUGCCAACCAUCCGUGUCCGGUCUGUGGUAAGCAUUAUGUAAACGAGGGCUCUCUGCGAAAACACCUGGCCUGUCAUCCGGAGACGGCACAGUUAACCAAUAGUUUGCGCAUGUGGCCGUGUUCGGUAUGCCAAGCGGUAUUCACACACGAAAACGGUCUUCUAACACAUAUGGAACAUAUGCGUAUGGAUCCAAAACACCAGUUUGCCGCUCAGUAUGUUUUGUCAAGGGCCGCUGCAGAGAGGAGAGAGCGGGACUCUUUACUGGCCGCCACAUUGGCUGCUUCAGCUGUUGGUGGUGGUCCAAGUGGUGCUAGCGCUAAUAGUAGCAGCGGACUGUUACCAUUAGUUGGUGUUACUUGUGGUGGUUCCAAUUCUUUGUGCCCUUCACCAUCAGCCAACUCGGAAUGCUCCUCAACAGGUCAUCUCUCAUCAUCAGCCGCAUCAGACCAGGGUAGUAGCAUUCAUCUACUCAGUAAUAGCAACAAUAAUAACAACAACAAUAAUAACAACAAUUGUAACAAUAAUAAACUGAAUGAAUUGCUCAGCCGGACAAGCAGCAAUCUUCAUUUAUCCAGUCAGUAUGGGGUCGGUGUAGACACUGAUAUUCACGUGGCGAAUCGCAUGUCAUUGAUGGCUGCUGCAUCAGCAGCAGCAGCUGCUGUUGCCGCGUCAGCUGGAGGAGUAGGCGUGAGUAGUGGCGGUGUCAAUACAGGUGGUGUAUCCGGCGUGAGCAUGACAUCACCGAUUGGUUGUGUUGACUCUACCAGAUCCAGUGUACAGGCGGCAGUUGUAAAUUUGGCAACAGCCAUGCGCAUAAAUCAAGCCGGCCAACAUCAACAAAGUGGUAGUGGUGUUUCCAGCGGAACCUUAGCCGUUAGUGUGGCCAACGGUAGUGGUGCAGGUAAUACUGGUGAUAUGACUGGUAAUGCAUCUAAUCCCCAGCAGCAAUUACACACACAUCGUCAUCAGCAACAACAGCAGGGAUCCACCGCUGAAAUUAGUCAGACGUCGAUAUCAACGGCACUAACACCUAGUGGCUUACGCAUGAGCACUGCUUCGCCAGGUACCGUUAUGUCCAGCCUUCAGCAAGAUGCAUCCGCUGUAAAUGCUGUGGUGACAAUGACCGCAAUGCGCGACACCAUGAUGCGCUCCAACAUAGGUGUGGUAGAUCCCUUAAGUAGCAUGCAUCAGCAGCUUGAUCAGCACUCACAUAGUGGACAUGUGCAACACAACACGGCAAACAACACGCUGCAAGCAGCGCACGCAAAUUAUGGUCCGCAUUUGGUGUCAGGCGCCAGCAGUAGCCAUCAAGUGCAACAACAGGUGACUGCAGCAUUACAAAAUCCUCCUGCACACGCUCACCACCAUCCUCACUUGAACCAAACGCAACAGCCGCACUCACCAGAAACAGCGUUGCGUAUGCAACAGCAUGCUGAAGCUAUAUUGCGCUCCCAUACUGAGGCCGCAUUUCGGCUAGCCGCAUCAGUAGCGGCAUCUAACGGAGUUAUUGGUAGUGGCGUGGGAGACGCCGGCGGAGCUAGUACACACGCUGUAAUAUCUAGUGGCAAUAAUAGCAGCGGAGACAAUGGCGACGUCCCUGUUAACAGCAACACAAUACCGAUUAAAGCAGAGGCGCAUCAAACGCAACAACAACAACUCCCCAACAACGAUCGACAUCUUCAGCAGCAGCAACCACUGCAACACCUCCAACAUUCAACUUCACAACAAACACAAAAGCUGACUGUCUCCACAAGUCUGCCCCAGCCGAAUCCGCAACAGUCGCCAGCCGCUGCCUCACAGCAAUCACAAUUGACUUCCGACCUUAGCGAAGCGAUACGUCUACAAGAGCAGCGACUGGAGCAAGCGCUGCGACUGCACAAUGACGCGCGAGCACUCAACUUUUUGACGGCCGCCCAACAAACCACUAACACAGUGGCGCCGACUUCAGUAGCACACAAUCCAGCUUUACAAGACCAACACCAGGAGCCUCAACAACAAAAAAAUCCUUCUACAAGAGCAGCGACUGGAGCAAGCGUUGUUACUGCACAAUGA